AUGGCGAGACCCCCAGUGCUAGCCUUCGACGCUGAGGGUCGCCCAGUUAAGUUCGACACCUGGCUUGAUGACCUCCACCUCUUCCUACAGCUCACUGCCAAGGAAGACAUCUCACUGUACGAUCACGCCUUAGGUCACGCUACUGCUCCUGCUGCUACUGCUGACAGCACUGCUCGCUCACAGUGGCAGACUCGUGACGCCCAUGCUCGCUUCGCUAUUCGCAACUCUCUGCCGAUAGACGAGCGCGAGCACUUUGGGCAGCACAAGACUGCCCAGGCACUGUACACUGCUGUAGUUGCCCGCUACUCCUCACUGGCCUCUGCCGCUCUAGGCCGUCUCUCUCUUCCCUACCUGUUCCCCGACUUAGCCUCCUUCCACACUGUCGCUGAUCUCAUCACCCACCUCCGCACUAGUGAGGCUCGCUUUCGCGCCGCUAUGCCUGAUGAGUUUCUUGCCACGAACCCACCCCCGCUCUGGCUCACUCUCUACCACCUAGUCACGCGCCUCCCUGAAUCGCUGCGCUCAGUCAGGGACCACUUCCUAGCACGCUGCCCCACUGAGCUCACCAUUGCCCUCCUCGAGAAGGAACUCCUUGCAGCUGAGACUAGCAUAGUCGCUGUAGUGGGGGAGGUGGUGGCGUGGGAGGUGGCGCGGGUGGAGGAGGUGGCGGCAGUGGGAGGGGUGGGCGGCAGCAGCGGAGGAGGUGGCCGGGGCGGAGGAGGAGGUGGGAGUGGCGGUGGACGAGGCGGCGGCAGGGGUUGGAGUGGUCGAGGGGUGUGGUAG